GGAGCGAGCGGAGGCUGCGAGGCGGCGUUGAGGGCGGGCAGGGUCUCGCCGCGCGUCGUCGCGCCUCCCGCCCGCAGGUGAGCGCUGAGGGCCCGCUGCCGCCCUGCUCGGCGCGAGGAGCGGCUUCGGGCCCAGCGGGGGCGGCCGCUGCUCCAAGGGAACGGGAAAGGUGGAGGGGCGGCUGCGGCCCGGCGGCACCGGCAGGGCCUUCUGAUGGACCAGUCGUCUCCAGCCUACAUGCUCGCCAACCUAACCCACUUGCAUUCCGAGCAGCUCCUCCAAGGCCUGAACCUCCUGCGCCAGCAUCACGAGCUCUGCGACAUCAUCCUUCGAGUCGGCGAUGUCAAGAUCCACGCCCACAAAGUGGUGCUUGCCAGCAUCAGUCCGUACUUCCAAGCCAUGUUCACUGGGAACCUUUCAGAGAAGGAGAACUCGGAGGUGGAGUUCCAGUGCAUCGCGGAGGCGGCCCUGCAGGCCAUCGUGGAGUACGCCUACACAGGAACAGUGCUCAUCUCGCAAGACACUGUUGAGUCGCUGCUCCCGGCCGCCAAUCUCCUUCAGAUCAAGCUGGUGGUGAAGGAAUGUUGUGCGUUUCUGGAAAGCCAGCUCGACCCUGGCAAUUGCAUUGGGAUCUCUCGUUUUGCGGAGACCUAUGGCUGCCAUGACCUCUACUUGGCUGCCAACAAAUACAUCUGCCAGAACUUUGAGGACGUUUGUCAGACGGAGGAGUUCUUUGAGCUGACACACUCUGAAUUGGAUGAAAUAAUUUCUAAUGACUGCUUGAACGUUGUGACAGAGGAAACAGUGUUCUACGCCCUGGAGUCCUGGAUCAAGUAUGAUGUGCAGGAGCGGCAGAAGUACCUGGCCCAGCUGCUGCACUGUGUUCGGCUGCCGCUGUUGAGCGUGAAGUUUCUGACAAGGCUGUAUGAAGCAAACCACCUCAUUCGUGAUGACCACACAUGUAAACACCUGCUGAAUGAAGCCCUGAAGUACCACUUCAUGCCUGAGCACAGACUGUCCCACCAGACCAUGUUGAUGACACGGCCUCGCUGUGCUCCCAAAGUUCUCUGUGCUGUGGGUGGAAAAGCUGGACUGUUUGCAUGUUUGGAAAGUGUUGAAAUGUAUUUUCCGCAGAAUGACUCCUGGAUAGGCCUGGCACCUCUUAGCAUUCCUCGCUACGAGUUUGGCAUAUGUGUCCUGGACCAGAAGAUCUAUGUGGUAGGUGGCAUCGCCACCCAUGUGUGUCAAGGUAUCAGUUACCGCAAGCACGAGAAUUCGGUGGAGUGCUGGGACCCCGACACAAACACAUGGACGUCUCUGGAAAGGAUGUUUAAAAGCCGGAGCACGCUGGGAGUGGUUGUGCUGGCAGGAGAGCUCUAUGCCCUGGGAGGCUAUGACGGGCAGUCUUAUUUGCGGACUGUGGAGAAAUACAUCCCUAAAGUGAAGGAGUGGCAGCCUGUGGCCCCGAUGAACAAAACCAGAAGCUGUUUUGCUGCAGCCGUCUUGGACGGGAUGAUAUAUGCUAUCGGAGGAUACGGUCCUGCCCACAUGAACAGCGUGGAACGUUAUGAUCCAAGUAAGAACUCGUGGGAGACGGUAGCUUCCAUGGCUGAUAAACGAAUCAACUUUGGCAUCGGGGUGAUGCUGGGAUUCAUUUUCGUGGUAGGGGGACACAAUGGUGUCUCUCACCUGUCGAGCAUCGAGAGGUACGACCCGCAUCAAAACCAGUGGACGGUGUGUCGGCCCAUGAAGGAACCCAGAACAGGUGUUGGAGCAGCUGUAAUUGAUAAUUACCUUUACGUUGUCGGAGGUCAUUCGGGGUCAUCCUAUCUGAACACUGUCCAGAAAUACGAUCCCAUCUCAGACUCCUGGCUGGACUCUGCUGGGAUGAUGUACUGCCGGUGCAAUUUUGGUUUGACUGCACUUUGAUGAACAGCAGGACUUCACGGACCUGAUGCAAAGAUGGAGCUUCAUCUGCUUGCAAGUAAAGCCUGCUGGUGGAGACCGUAAGCUGCGUUUCUUGAAGUUGGAAAGCUAGGGGAAUGCAGUGAAGUUGAGAUUGAAAGGAGGAAGUCUUUGUGUUCUUCCAGUAAUCGACCUUUAUUACUUCAGCGACGUGGGUAGCAGGAGUGAAAAGCUGCUUCCCAGCUGGUUUUAGAUAGCAUCCUGUGAAGGGCCGCGGAUUUGAGAGAGUGCCGUACGCGCCUGGGAUAUGGUUAGCAAACACUGUCUGCCCAACCCCAACACUCCAGAGCGUUUCACUCCCCCCCCCCCCGCCUACUAUGGACAUGAAGUUUACUGUGCUUGGGCGAGAGCUGUGCGAAUGUGUUGUGUGACUGGAGAGUUCACUGGUAGCUGUCUGGUUGUGUCUUCACGUUAAGAGAAUGCCAGUGCUUCAUGAUAUUUUUUACGAACAGUAACUAAAGGGCUGCCUUGUUCCUGUAUCUCAAGGUCUGUAAAUAAUAAACGCCAUAGUCUGUUGCCUGUACGCUCUCCUUGUUACCCGCUUGCUGGUAGGAGGGCUGGGAUGGCGAGUAGCUAACUGCUGAAAGAAACUCACAAGGCAAAUUUGUUGCCUCUCAAUGAAGUUUUUGGAUCUGAUGAAGUGAAAUCACCUUUAUAAUUUUCCCUUAUGUUUUCUUUUUUGUGGAUAAAUGAGUGCUAAGUUAAAUGACUUAAUCUCUGCUGUGUGUAUUCGGCUGUAACACAAGGGAAAAUUACAGCAGCCGUGUGUCGGAAGGUGCCACAGCAGCAUUUGUAGCAUGAUAGAAAAUAACUACUCAAACACAAAUCCGUCCCGUCCUCCUCCCGAACACACUUGUGUCCAGAUUCUGUAUGACUCCCUUUUCUUAAACGAAUGUAUGAUUACUUUCUCAGAGUGUUCUGACAUAAAACCGGUGCUAAAUGUAGGACUCAACAAUAAGGCUGUUACUGACUUUAGUGCGAUAUGCGUACAGCAUGGUUGUUUUGAUUGUUGUCGUGGGUUUGUUUAUCUGCUUGAUACAUCCGUGCCUCUGGAGACUGUCAGGAAUAACCCCAUGUACUGAAUGAGCUCUGUGUGUUACCUUAUUUCUUUUCCAGAAGAUCUCCGUUCGUUGUUCCUGUUCUCACAAAUAGAUAGGGAGCAAGUAGCGAGUCUUGGGUUCUUCUUGCCUUUAACAGGAGUCACAGUGAUGAGAAGCAGGGGGCGUCACUGCUCACCCCAACGCACGUCCUGUAUGAUGGAGGCAUGAUGGUGGGUUCCUGUGAUUAACCAGAGAGACAACUUCCGAUAGCCCUAGACACAGUGAAAACUGGGGCGGAGAACCCACAGCAUCGCUUUCUAUUUAUAACUAUUAUUUAAAAUAGAUGGCUGAAUAAAUCUGAAUUAUAGCUAAUUUAGAAAAAUUUCAUUUGUCUUCUGAUUUUAGCUAGGAAUCGCAGUUCUCUUUUGUUUCUGUUUCGAUGUCUGUACCUGCAUUGCCAGGCCUAUUACGGAAGAGCUUUUCUGCCUCUGGAGGUCCUUUUUCUUGUUUUAACAUGUUAAUUAAUGUUAGUUUCCCCUUGUUUUUCAAGCCCGUGUAGUAUUAUUUUUGAAGGUGCAAUAAUAUUUGAAAUAGUUGCUUUAAAAGCCAUUUCUUUUUAGGUCUGUGAAGCGGAGGGGUGUGAGUGUGCUCGAUUUGUUCUGUGCUCCUGCGAAGCCGACCAGUGCCGGGCAGCCAGCGGUAUUCUUUGUUCUUCCAUACGCUAGCAGGCAGGGUUCAAACAGGCAAGGAGCCGAGCGUGUCUUUGCCGUAAAUCGUUAUUCUUAGAUAAAUGAGUGUUUGCACAAGAUGGUAAAAUCCUGCACGUGUUCUUCAGCUUUGGUAGAACUAAAUAGGACUUAAAAAGCAUAUAAAGUUAACAAUUUCAGCAUUGUCAGUGCGGGUUUUGACCCAGAUAUACAGCAAUAAUGGCCUGAUGUAAUGCCUCGGGUGACUCUGGGUAGGGCAUGUGCAGCGACCUGGCUGUGCUGUGUGUGGGCAGGAGAAGGAGGGAGCAGCUUUGGGGAGGAGAGGCGAUGGUCUGGCCUUGUGCCCAGGCUGUGCCCCAUCAUUGUGUUUGGGUGAGCGCUCGUGCUGGAGGUUCCCAUGUGCUGGUUCGCUUUCCAGUCUGUCUUGUGGAGGUGCCGUCGAUUAUUGUAUUUCCUAUGUGCACCAGAGAGACAGCUGCUUAGCAAACAGAUAUUAAAGUAAGGAAAAUUCCUUCCCUAAAGGAAAAGCUUAUGCCUUUUAUUUAUUAGAGGCUUUCCCUGCGGUUUGGUACAUGCAGUAGGAUUACCUGAGUGGAGAUCACAGAAUCACAGAAUGACCCGAGUCAGAAGGGACCCACAAGGAUCAUUGAGUCCAACCCCUGUCCCUGCACAGGACACCCCCAACAUUCACACCACAGGGUGAGGGUGUUGUCCAAACGUUUCUGGAAUACCGUCAGGCUCGGCAACAUGGUUGCUUCCCUGGGGAGCUGUUCCAAUGCUCCACGACCCUCUAGGGGAAGAACCUUCCCCUAAAAUCCAACCUAAUUUCCUAUGGCACAUCUUCCUGCCAUUCCCUCAAGUCCCAUCAUUGGGCACCAGACAGAAGAGCUCAGCGCCUGCUCCUUCCCUUGUGAAGAAGCUGUAAACUGUGAUGAUGUGCCCUCUCAGCCUCUUCCAGGCUGAACAGACCAAGUGGCUUCAGCCUGUCCUCAUACGGUUUCCCCUCCAGACCCUUCACCAAGUCCGUGCCCUCUUCUGGACGCUCUCCAGUACCUUUAGAUCCUUUUUCCCCUGUGGUGCCCAGAACUGCACCCGAGACUUGAGAUGGGGCAGCCUCAGUGUGGAGCUGAGCGGGACAGUCCCUUCCCUGGCCUGGCUGGUGAUGCUAUGCUGGAUGCACCCCAGGACACGAUUGCCCCUCUCGGCUGCCAGGGGACCGCUGGCUCAUGUUCAGCUUGCUCGUAUGGAUGUUCUGACCAGAAGUGUCGUUGAGCGCUGAUUUCAGUCAGUGAAGGGUAUAGAAAUCUGAAGAAAUCUGUGGAAUUCUGAAGUGGAACAUAGCAGCACAAAGUUUUUUGUAUGCAGGCUUGGUAUGAAGAGUGGGAAUAACACCUGCUGAAAUACCGUGCUGCUGUUAGAUGAUCUGUUCAGGUCGGAGCGGAUCCAACAGCAACUCCAGUGAGGGAUCUGUCCCUUCAAAUCAGUUGCCCAGGGAAUUUGUGGCUGCCCCAUCCCUGGAGGUGUUCAAGGCCAGGUUGGAUGGGACUUGGAGCUCCUGAUCCAGUGGGAGGUGUCCCUGCCCAUGGCAGGGGGUGGCACUGGAUGGGCUUUGAGGUCCCUUCUAACCCGUUCUGUGAUUCUAUGAUCUCCAUUUGCUGUUAGGCUGCCUGUCCUGUUCCCUGAAGUGCUUGGUUGUAGGAAAAUCAGACUCGACAGUCUGUUUAAACCUGCGUUUAAACAACACCACUCUCAUUGUGACAUCCGUCUUGCCGUUUAACAAUUAAGGACCUUCAAACAAGAUGUCAUACAACCACAAAUUAUCAUCCAGUUCUAUUUUUUAAUCACUCAAAAUGGUCUAUAAAGCACUUUAAAUGGGUGUGAGUGUACGUACAGUUCCUGAGUUUCUCCUUCUUUUUAAGAUACCCAUCUGUGAGAUUCUCAACAGCCUCUCCUCCCAGGAAUGCUUUUCUUCCAGAAAGCCUUGUUGGAAUUACUUGAGGGGUGAAUGUGUCCAGCAUGCGUUCCAAGCGAUUCACCGUGUCUUGGCGAACGCGUCACUCCUGUCAAUCUGCCAUCUGUAAGUCCCCAUCCACUGUGUGAAACAAUGCAAAAUGUCCAAGCUUGCCUUAAAUCCUUGAUAUUUAUCUGAAAAGCAAAGAACUGGAUGAUAAUUCCUAUUUUUUUUGCCUUAUGCGCUGUGCUGUAUUUUAAACCCAAGGAUAAUGAUAACUUUUAGCAGGAUUUAAUAACUGUACAUAGAAUAGCAAGCUGCACCCGGACUUGGCUGGGGGCGGGAGUACAGAGUGAUCUGUGUAGUUUUGUGUGCGUAGGUUGUUUUUAUGUGCACAUCUUUUUUUAGCAGCAGCGUUCUGGUUUUGUUAUUGUUUACAAAGCGGCGUUUGAGUUCGACAGCACAAUAGCUGCACCCUGCAUCCUCGGUCUGUGCCCCGUGUGUUUGCUCCGUGGUGAUGCUCUGUAAGUGCUAUUGUAGCCGUUCCACUGAAUGUGAAACAGUUCAGUAAAUAAACCUGGGGAAAAGCUUGGUUUUACCCUGUUCAUUGGGGGGUGAAUGUAAAUAUGCUCUCGCUGUUGUCUUCUUUCCCACGGCAGUGCCUCAG